AUGAAACCACUUUGUGGAUCUGCUAUAAACCAGUUGUGGUUUUUGGAUUAUAUCAAGGAGGUAUCAGCAUACGAUACCAUGGGUGUAGCCGAAUGUCCAGCUACAAUUGAACUGCGACGAGUGGAACACAAUCCGAAAUUCUACUCUUCAUCAUGCGGAUCCGUGGAGAUAUUGCUUCUAAAAUAUAUCGUACCACCAUUGAUGUUGCUUUGUCUGCUGGGAAAUCUUCUAAAUCUUUUGAUCUACAGUCUUUCCUAUUUCGAUGGAAGUAGUUCGGUGCACUUUUUACGCGCCAAAGCUAUUUUCAAUAUGAUUUUUGUGUGGUCGCGACUUCUCGAGGUAAUUCAUGCAUGGACAAAUCCAGCACAACUAUGGUUGGAACCAUUAUUCUGGCAUACACGUUCCUAUAUAAUGACAAUAUCGAAUAUAAGUGGAACAAUGUCAACAUGGCUCACACUAAUGGUUACCGUGGAGACAGUCGUCUGUGUUCUAAUGCCAUUCUUAUUUCGCCAAUAUUGUACAAAAAGGACUACAUGGUUUUUCCUGAUGAUAUCGUUAUCCUUAUCAACAUUGUUACAUUUGACGUUGGUAUUUACAACGGAGAUCGCUAUGCAUCCGCUGGCAAUAAAAGAACAUAUUUUGCCAGAGAGAAAUUCAUCUUGUUGGUAUAUCCAGAAUAUGUACGUAUUUAUGAUGCGUAGUAACAACGUAUAUGAAGUGAUCCAAAGAGUUUACUAUUGGAUUCAAACUACCGUUGCGAUAAUAAUUCCAACAAUUGCUAUGCUCGUCUGUUCGAUUCUCAUCGUUAAACAGUUCACGUUCAAGGAGCUCGGCGAAGCUUUUUCACAAAGACGAAAAUGUGUAAUACGAAUGACUGUUGCUACCACAGUAUCACAUCUACUUCUCGAAGGUCCUGCCACGCUUACUCAUGCUGCAGUUGCUUUAAAGGGCGCAUCCUCGUCAGAACACCACUACAUGAUGUGCAUUUUAAAUAAUGCUAUCAAUAUUCUUUCUAUUGUCAACGCCACUAUUCCUUUCUUCGUGUUUUUGUUAUGCAACGAACAAUUUCGACAUAUGACUGCUAUGUACCUUAAAGCUCAUCUUCAGACGGACAAUGCUCGAAAGAAGACGUAUCUUUCUCAAGCCGGUAUGCGAUGUUCUCGAGUAUCAAGAAUGGAAACGGAACGAUCAUUUGUAGAAACUAGACUACUUUCAAAGGGUUCUAACUUGUGA